GCCAUCUUGGCCGGGGAAGCGCUGCCGCCACCGCCGCCAAACAAACCCGAGAGCGGCACCGCGGGGGGAGGAGGGGUCGAGUUGCCGAGGAGUCUUUCGAUGUGCCGGGCACGGCCGGCCAGGGAGGCUGAGCUCUGCGGGAGCACAGGGAGAAGAUGCCUGUGGUGUGGCCAACGCUUCUGGAUCUCAGCAGAGAUGAGUGCAAGAGGAUCCUUCGCAAACUGGAACUGGAGGCAUAUGCAGGUGUCAUCAGUGCCUUACGUGCACAGGGAGAUCUUACGAAAGAGAAGAAGGAUCUUCUUGGAGAACUCUCUAAAGUGCUUAGUAUUUCAACAGAGAGACAUCGUGCUGAAGUUCGAAGAGCAGUAAAUGAUGAACGGCUAACGACUAUUGCACACAAUAUGUCUGGGCCAAACAGCUCUUCGGAAUGGUCUAUAGAAGGUCGUCGGCUGGUGCCGCUGAUGCCACGGCUUGUUCCACAAACAGCUUUCACUGUUACAGCUAAUGCAGUUGCCAACGCAGCUGUUCAGCACAACGCGUCUCUUCCAGUCCCUGCAGAAACUGGAAACAAGGAAGGUGUCAGCUGCUCGGAUGAUGAUGAAAAGCCCCGCAAAAGACGGCGAACUAAUUCUUCCAGUUCUUCCCCUGUUCUCCUGAAAGAAGUCCCGAAGGCAGUGACUCCUGUCACUAAAACUAUCACAGUGCCUGUAAGUGGCAGCCCCAAGAUGAGUAAUAUAAUGCAGAGCAUUGCCAACUCCUUACCGCCACACAUGUCGCCAGUGAAAAUAACCUUCACUAAGCCCUCAACACAGACAACAAACACAACAACACAGAAGGUGAUUAUAGUAACCACAUCUCCAAGCUCAACUUUUGUACCCAACAUCCUUUCCAAGUCUCACAACUAUGCAGCAGUUACAAAACUUGUUCCAACAUCAGUCAUCGCCUCAACUACUCAGAAACAACCGGUGGUUAUCACUGCUUCUCAGUCCUCUCUGGUCAGCAGUAGCACCAGCAGCAGUAGCUGUUCCACUCCUUCCUGUACUGCAAGUACAAUUGCUGUGACUGCUGUGGUAUCAUCAACGCCAUCUGUGGUCAUGUCAACGGUAGCACAAGGUGUAUCCACAUCGGCGAUCAAAGUAGCCUCUACCAGACUUCCAUCCCCAAAAGGUUUGGUUGGGAAUCCAACGCAGAUCUUAGCACAGUUCCCCAAGCAGCAUCAGCAGUCCCCCAAGCAGCAACUGCACCAAAUGCAACAGGCCCAGCAGCAGCAGCCACAGCAGCAGCAACAGCAGCAGCAGCCACAGCAGCAACAACAGCAGCAGCCACAGCAACAACAGGUGGCACAGUCUUCUGUAGCUCAACAGCAGCCCCAGCAAUCUCAGUUUCCACCUGGCAUCAAGCCCACCAUUCAGAUCAAACAGGAAUCAGGUGUUAAAAUAAUCACUCAACAGGUGCAGCUCAGUAAAAUCCUUCCCAAACCAGUUACAGCGGCAUUGCCCAGCAGUAGCAAUUCACCUAUUAUGGUGGUUAGCAGUAAUGGGACUGUCAUGACAACUAAACUGGUCACUACUCCCUCUGGAACUCAAGCAACAUACACACGGCCGACGGUCAGCCCCUCUAUAGGGGCUCGGAUGGCUGGAACUCCAGGGGCUGCAACUUAUGUGAAAACCACGAGUGGUAGCAUCAUUACAGUAGUACCAAAAUCACUGGCUACUCUGGGAGGCAAGAUUAUCAGCAGUAAUAUUGUUUCUGGAACUACAACCAAAAUCACUACAAUUCCAAUGACAUCCAAACCCAAUGUGAUUGUUGUGCAAAAGACUACUGGAAAAGGAACCACAAUUCAAGGGCUUCCUGGCAAAAAUGUUGUCACAACAUUGCUGAAUGCUGGGGGGGAGAAAACUGUUCAGGCAGUGCCAGCAGGAGCAAAACCUGCUAUCAUCACUGCCACGAGACCCAUCACAAAAAUGAUUGUUACACAGCCAAAAGGAAUAGGGUCCACGGUCCAGCCAGCCACCAAAAUCAUCCCAACUAAAAUUGUUUAUGGUCAGCAAGGGAAAACGCAGGUUCUCAUAAAACCAAAGCCAGUGACAUUUCAAGCAACAGUUGUGAGUGAACAAACUAGGCAGUUGGUAACUGAAACAUUACAGCAGGCGUCAAGGGUAGCGGAGACAGGAAAUUCAUCUCUUCCAGAAGUGAAAGAAGAACCACAAAGCUACACUGAUAGCAGCUCUUCUUCUACAGAGUCCUCGCAGAGCUCCCAAGAUUCUCAGCCUGUAGUCCAUGUGAUUGCUUCCAGAAGUCAAGAUUGGUCAGAACAUGAAAUAGCUGUGGACACCAGCCCUACAAUAAUUUACCAGGAUGUAUCCAGUGAAUCUCAGUCGGCUACUUCCACGAUAAAAGCUUUGCUAGAACUUCAGCAGACAACAGCAGUGAAGGAGAAGUUAGAAUCAAAGCCAAGGCAGCCUACGAUUGACUUGAGCCAAAUGGCUGUCCCAAUACAGAUGACCCAAGAAAAGAGACACUCUCCAGAAAGCCCUUCAAUUGCUGUAGUAGAAUCAGAAUUAGUUGCUGAAUAUAUCACAACUGACUCAGGAAGACAACACUGUCUUGGUUCACAUUCGGAAGAAUAUCUACACAACCACAUAGUUAGUCAUCGGUCCCAACCCCACCAGCAGUCAUCCCAGCCCCAGAGGACUCUGCUGCAGCACGUGGCUCAGUCACAGACAGCAACGCAGACUUCUGUUGUGGUGAAAUCUAUCCCCGCAUCCUCCACAGGCGCAAUUACCCAUAUCAUGCAGCAGGCCUUAAGCAGUCACACUGCGUUCACCAAACAGAGUGAACAGCUUGGAACCGAGGAGGGAGAAGUAGAAGAGAUGGACACCUUAGAUCCUCAGACUGGCCUAUUCUACAGAUCUGCCCUGACACAAUCACAGGCACAAAAACAACAAAAACUGAGUCAGCCGCAGCUGGAACAGACUCAACUGCAAGUGAAAACUCUGCAAUGUUUCCAGACUAAGCAGAAGCAGACAAUCCACCUGCAGGCCGACCAAAUCCAGCACAAACUCCCACAAAUGCCCCAGCUUUCUAUAAGGCAUCAAAAGCUAACCCCCCUGCAGCAAGAGCAAGCACAGACCAAACCAGAUGCACAGCAUCCCCCCCACCACAUGAUGGCCAAAGAAAGGCAGCUUCCUACCUUAGUGGCGCAGCCACAGCAAACUGUAGUACAGGUGCUUGCAGUAAAAACCACGCAGCAGCUGCCCAAACUGCAACAGGCACCAACGGCACAAAAAAUCUACAUGCAACCCCAACCCCCCCAGAGUCAAAUGCAGCUACCUGCCUCUUCAGAGAAACAGCCAGCAAGCCAGACUAUCCCUCGAUAUUCCAUCCCUUGUCACUCCAGCUCCAACGUGGUAGUGGAACCCAGCGGGCUCCUGGAGCUCAACAACUUCACCAGUCAGCGUCUCGAUGAUGAGGAGACUGCAGUGGAGCAAGACGUGGACAGUAGCGCCGAGGAUGGCACUGAGCCCAGCCCCUCUCAGAGUUCUGCUGAACAAUCCUAAGGAAUGGGGACGCUGGAGUGCACUUUAACCUAUCUGGGGAUUUGAGUAUCCCAGAUGCCCUUGUUUUGUGAUGUCUUAGAGCACUUUGCCUAUUAGAGUUGUUCAUUGGACCCUUGAAGCAUCAGUGUGUUUUAACAAGACAGUAUUGCAAAAGCUGCAUCUUAGGAAUUGUUUCCAAAAGAAAAAGAGGUAUAGUUACUGAGAUAUAGUAAUCCCGUGACAGUGGAAUGUACUCCUGAUAACAAGCAAAUCUGCAGCGAAUUCUACAGCCCGUGCUAUUGAAGCCCUUGCCCAGAUACUGAAAGAGCUUUCAUUGAAAAGGGAUCUUUAAUUUGCUGCGUCUUUUUGUUAGCUGCUGAGCAAAACACCAUCAAAGAAGAGAAUGUGUAAUAAAUAUUUGUAUUUUUAAAUAGCAUGUGAGAGAAACUGUCUCUGACAGUGCUGGAAAAGCCCCAGGAGUUUUGGAAUUGGUUAGCUUUCUUGCACUUGUGCUCACUUAGAGUUAAGAUUUUUUCAUAAGCCGAAAAAUAUAGUUUAUUUUUUUAAAAUUCUUGUUGUUGAAUGUUUGGAAAUAAGCAAAAUCACUAACUGGUAGCAGUGUGGAUUUGCUCGUGGGUUUUUGUUUUCAUGCUUUACAGGAAUUAGGGUAACGGUGUACGAGCUGUUUCUUCGUGCCAUAAGCACAUGAAAUGCUCAUCGGCUCUAGUUGAUCUCUGAUUAUUUAUUUAAAACUUAAAGUGAGUCCAAGUUGUUUAAAAAGUUCCUGUUAAACAGGCAGGUGUGUAAAUUCUAGUACAAAAGGGUUGUGGGGGAUGUAUUUUGCUAUAUAUCCAUUUUUCAAAACUGGGGGAUAAGUGGUUCCACGUCUUUAAAAGCUGAACCUCGGAGCUUAGAAGUGAGCGAAGGCUUUUAAAAAAUCUGUAUUUUACUCUGACAUGCUGUUUUUAAAGCGACCACUUGGGGAGUUUCGAUGCUGAGAUCAGUAAACAGUGGUGGGUCUCUGAAAUCAGCCUUAUGACUUGGCUUGUUGAAGCAAUACAUUGGGUUUCUGUGAUAGUUACAAGCCACAGAGAGGGGGGUGUGGGUUCGGAUGGGAUAUGAGAACCAGUUUUAAUACGUUCUGCUAAUGAAGACAAUACUUUUUUGUUUUGAAAUGUAUAUAAAAAAAACACGUUUUUAACUGUUUUGUAUAGAUUUCAUUAUAAAUAACUAAGCAUUUUAAGACUUUGACAUAUCAUUUAAUUGUAUAUACAUCUAUCAGCCUAACUGCCCACUUUUUUGGUGCUGGAGUACUACUGUAAGUAGAUUUCAUCCAAAGUCUAAUACAGUUUUUUGCGUCAGUCUUUUUUUUAAGCUGUGAUUUUACUGUUGAUAUUGUAGUUACGAUUAAAUUCAAACUAGAGUGACUCAAACGGAAAAUACAAAACCUAAAACGUUG